UUGAUUUUAGUGUUCUCGCAAUGGAACAGUGCGUUGCAGAUCGUGCUGGUAUAGAAGAAGAAUUUCUAGACGAAUUCCAGUGUUGCGUUUGCCUGGAUAUCAUGUACAAGCCUGUGGUUUUAGCUUGCGGUCACAUUUCUUGCUUUUGGUGUACAUUUAAAGCCAUGGACAGUUUCAUGCACUCUCAUUGUCCCGUCUGUCGCAACCCGUAUAAUCAUUUUCCUAGAAGCUGUGGAUUGUUGCAUUUUUUACUCCUCAAGUUAUAUCCAUUGCCAUACAAAAGAAGGGCAAAACAAGUUGCAGAAGAAGAAAAGGAGAUUGGAUAUGCAUCACCGCAAUUUGAGGGGAACAUUAUUGAAUCUCAAUUAAGUGGAGUGUAUGGCGCCCAAGAUGCCACAGGUGAAGGAGAUCAUCUAUCCAUUAAAGAUUCUUCACAAAUAAAUUUGCUUGAAGGCAAUACAAGUAUCCAACCAACGUCAAGCUCUCAAACUACUACCAAUGAUGCCAACUCUAUCUCGAGAAGUACUAAAAAGGUCCUUGUAACUGAUGUAGAAUGUGCUGUUUGCAAACAACUAUUGUAUCCCUCUAUUGUUCUUAACUGUGGUCAUGUUUAUUGUGAGCAGUGUUGUCAAAAACGCGCCCGGGGCGCGGGUCGCCAUGAUCGAGGCCGGCUUCGCCCCAACAUGGACGAUAGUAUCUAUAGAUGCCCAGGGUGCCAAAGUUCACAUCCAAGAGGGAUUCCUAGCGUGUGCUUAUUACUACAUCAAUUCCUUGAGGAAUAUUUUCCUGAAGAAUAUUCAGGAAGGAAAGAAUCUUUAUCCCAUAGCUACAGUCAUAGUCCAUCUGGAAGUUCAGCAGGAAAACAGGAGGAAAGUGCCAAAGCUUUGGUUUAG